AUGUCAUUCACGAGUUCCAUUGCCUCCGCAGGUGAAUAUGUGUUGCAAACGGUCAAACAUCCCACUAAGCGGAACAUCAUAUACUUCUUAGUGAUUGUAUGGAUCAACGCCAUCAAUUUUUAUUUGUUUCAUCACCGUCUCCAGGUUCUCACCCACUUCACCAGCUCCAUGAAUGACGUGGCACCCGUUAAUAACUACAAGGGUCAUGCUAUUCCACGAAAAUUGCUUGACAAUAUCGUGUUUAAAAUGUGGGAGAAAAACGACAAUAUUGUUAAGGACUCCCGCAGAAUAGAUACCCAUCUGGGAAACUAUGACAAUUUCUUUGCAGCUCAUGAAGUCAGUUCUAUUGUUGGAUUGUCCUUCAGUGAACGUUGUGAUGCUUAUUUCCGCUCGCUCUACGCAAAGUCUAAGGCAUGGCAUGUGGAUACAGAUAACACUUACGAAAUCGAUAUGGAUUACCAGAUGGAUUGGGAAGAAUACAAGAAAAAAUACACCAACUGGGCCGUUCAGCAAAUUGCCAAAGAAAAGGAAAUAAAAGAGCUGGAAGUGGACAAGGGAAGUAAUGAAGUGCAUGAUAUAAUUGGAAAAGCCUGUGACGCUCUCAAGGAUAAAGCCAAAAAGGAUGAGUACGCUAUGAGAGACCUGGUGGCUCACAUGCGUAUUUUCAACCGAUGUUAUGUCGAACGUGAGGAUACACCCUUCCGUAAUGCCCAAGAUAAGUUCAUUCAAAAGCAGAACGCAGAAUUGAAUUCCUUGUCCACCAAAUUCGUCUCCACAGACGCUGAGGUCCACUUGAACAAAGACGCUUUCCAUCUGUGCAGUGAUUUACAAGCUAAAGUGUAUCCAUGGAUCCAUGAUAGUUUCCCCAUUUACCAGAGACACACUGGCGACAUCUUACGGUCUCCUCCACGUAUGUCUAAGUACGUGUCAGAACAUGAAGUCAAUUCCCCUACUGACCAUAAGUAUUCGUCUGGAAAGGGAAUCAAGAAGCCAGUGCACUCGGCGCUCACCGACAACAAGCAAUGUUGGAUUAACGAAUUCAAGAAUAAGAUUUCAGGAAAGGGCAUUGUCAUUCCGUUUACUCUGACCAGCUUCGAAGAUACGCUCAAUUUGAUUCAUCUCUUGCGUGCUUUGGGCAACAAAUACCCGGUCCAGAUCGUUUACUACAGUGAUAUGACCAAAGAACACAAGGAAAAGUUGGUUGAUGCUGCUCGCAGACCAUUCACCGAUAUGCCCCAAUCAUUUUCAAAAGUCUCAGACUUGAUUGAUAAGCUGGCCUUAGAUCACAAGACUAACGGUUUUAUCCCAUUGGAAUUGUGGUUGGUAGAUGCCUCAUCUAUGGUUUCUGAACAUUUUCAGACAAGGUUGAGUACUGUUCCUAUCAUCGCCUGGGCUUCUGUGGUCAACUCAUUUGAAGAGUUUAUUCUUAUGGAUCCUUUGGCUUCGCCAUUGCAGAACCCAAAGUAUUUCUUCGAUCUUCCUGAAUACCGUCAAAAAGGUGCAUACUUCUACAGAAACAGAGCAUGGGAGAAGAGAGAUAUCCACGACGCAAAAUUCUUUAACAAAAUGUCACCUUCUUUAGUAGAUGAAACCACUUUUGGAAUUCCAAUCGCUCCUACCGAAGUGCUCGACAUUCCGUUCUUCAGCCAUUUGUCGCAGGUCCAAGACUCUCGUCUUGCGGUUAUUAACAGAGCUCGUCACUUCUCAUCAGUUAUGAUGCAGUUACAGUUGGCACAGUUCUUCCCUGCUAAUUAUAGAGCCAAUAAUGGUCUGGAAAUUUGGUUGGGUUUCGCCUUGAAUGGAGACUACGAUUUCCAUUUCCACGAUACCAUGCCCGGAGCUUUAGGCAAAUUGACAGACCCAGCCUUGAGAUUGAUAGGAGGUACAAGGAAGCCAGACUCGAAAGAAAUCUGUAGUACUCAAGUUGGCCAUAUUGAUUUGUCUGGCGACACCCCUAGCCUUGUAUGGGUUUCUGGUGGCUUCCAAGGUUGUCCUUGCCGUAAGAUUGACUUUGGAGCAGAAAAGGCCUCAAAGAUAUUUCCUUGGACACAUAUUUUCGAAGAAAGUGAUCUCCAGAGCUACUAUAAUGACCAGAUCCAGCUAGAAAAUGCUAUUAUUCCUCCAUUUAAGAGUUUGCAAACGUUGAAGUUGGAUAACGAUGAAAAGGAACCAAACAAACCAUGGGAAAAAUUCGAAGGUUGUGAGGCUAAAUUUUUCUGUGGGUACUCCAGAGUGGGAGGGAAGAAGGGCGACAAGGAUAACACUGUGCUAGGUAAAGUUAUCGAAUUUGAUAGGAAAACCAUUGAUCUUUUCAAGUUCUACGGAGAUAUUUGGAGCGGCAGUGAUUAG